UCCUGUUUUCCUCCUCUCCCUCUCUCGUCGCUCAGCCUCUCCAGUAUUUUCUCCAUUGCCGUGCAAGGCAGAGCGCACACACACACUCACACACUCACGGGUUGCAGGAUGUCGAUCAUCAGCAUCGUUGCCAGGGAGAUCUUGGACUCCCGGGGAAACCCCACUGUGGAAGUGGAUCUUCGCACAGAAAAAGGUCUUUUCAGGGCUGCAGUGCCCAGUGGGGCAUCAACAGGGAUCUACGAGGCUUUGGAGCUACGAGAUGGCGACAAAAGCCGAUUCAAGGGGAAAGGUGUUUUGAAGGCAGUUGGACACAUCAACGAUACUCUGGCACCGGCCCUCAUAGCCUCUGGCAUCAGUGUGGUGGAGCAGGAGCAGUUGGACAACACGAUGAUUGAAAUGGAUGGCACAGAAAACAAAUCUAAGUUUGGAGCCAACGCCAUCCUGGGAGUGUCUCUCGCCAUCUGUAAAGCCGGUGCAGCAGAGAAGGACGUCCCUCUGUACCGCCACAUAGCCGACUUAGCUGGAAACACCGAGCUCGUUCUGCCGGUUCCUGCCUUUAAUGUGAUAAAUGGAGGAUCUCAUGCAGGAAACAAACUCGCCAUGCAGGAGUUCAUGGUUCUGCCUGUUGGGGCCGAAUCUUUUAAGGAGGCGCUGAGGAUAGGAUCCGAGCUCUACCACACGCUGAAGGGCGUCAUUCACGAGAAGUAUGGCCAGGAUGCUAUUAACGUCGGAGACGAGGGGGGGUUCGCUCCCAACAUCCUGGAGAACAGUGAGGCGCUGGACCUGCUGCAGACCGCCAUAGAGAAAGCGGGUUUCACAGAGAAAGUGGUGGUCGGCAUGGACGUGGCCGCCUCCGAGUUCUACCGCGAGGGCAAGUACGACCUGGACUUCAAAUCCCCGCCGGAUUCGUCACGACACAUCAGUGGAGAGGAGCUGGCUGACAUCUACCAAAGCUUUGUCAAUAAUUACCCAGUGGUCUCUAUCGAGGACCCGUUUGACCAGGACGACUGGGAGGCCUGGUCCCGCCUGACGGCCCAGGUGGGGAUUCAGGUCGUUGGAGACGACUUGACGGUGACCAACCCAAAGAGGAUAGAGAAGGCUGCGGAGGAGCGCGCCUGUAACUGCCUGCUGCUCAAGGUCAACCAGAUCGGCUCCGUCACCGAAGCGAUACAAGCGUGUAAGCUGGCUCAGGCCAAUGGUUGGGGCGUGAUGGUCAGCCAUCGCUCAGGGGAGACAGAGGACACCUUUAUCGCCGACCUGGUGGUUGGACUCUGUACUGGACAGAUCAAGACCGGCGCCCCGUGCAGAUCUGAGCGACUGGCUAAAUACAACCAGCUGAUGAGGAUCGAGGAGGAACUGGGCGACCAGGCUCGCUUCGCAGGCCAUAACUUCAGGAACCCGAGCGUCCUGUGAAACCAGCUGACAGACGAGAACGAGUCGCACACUCAACGCACGCAAAAUGCCCACGCAAACUGACACAAACGACUAACAAGGAACGAGCCAUGUACAAAGAAAGACCACUCAAAUUCAGGAAAAAAAAUAUAAAAAUAAACACACUCGCAAACGAGCGAAGCAUCAAUUAUGCACUAAACGUAGAAGAAGGGAGGUGAUGCUGUAUGCAGACACACGUCCACGCACAUCCACAGAGGCAACACCUGAAAACGCACAUGCAGGGGAACACUAAAUAAAAAAAAAAAAGUAGAAUCUAUAAGCCAGACGUGCACUGUUACUGUAGGAAUAGUUCAUGUACAGCCUGAAGACAGACCUGCAAAAAUAAGAUCAUUGUUGUAAAAAAAAACAAAAAAAGAAACAGGUGAAUAAAUAGAAAUUCUCCAGAUUAACGUAGUCUGAUGCACGCAACUGAAAGAGAGGAAAACGUUUGGCUUUUAAGACCCGACGAGGAUGAUGCAGGUGCAGGAAGUGAGCGAACACACCGAGAACAAUAAGAAAAGCCGUCUGCAACACCUGAACACACACACACUCUCACCUGGACAAGUACCUGCACUCCUUCCAGCUCUAUCCUCCUCCCUCUCGCUCUGCAUAUUUUACUCUCCUUCUUCUUCUUCUUCUUCUUCUUCUUCUCGUGUCUGUGUCUCAGUUUUAAUUGUUCCUGUUUUCUUCUCAACCUGGUGUGAAUCUGAGCAUCUGUCCUCCACGCUUGAAGUCCUGCUUCUGUCCUAAAAGACAAAAAAAGAAAAAAGAAAACGAAGGAAAACCUUAAAACCCGAGCCCCUUUGACCCAUUUGGUUCCCCCCUCCGUUUGUCCAUAGAAUAGCUGUGUCAAAAAGAAAAAAAAUGAAGAAAGAGCAAUGAAAAAAAAAAUACAAUAACUGAAAACAAUAACUGAACGCUUGUCGAUGAAAAUAAUGUGAAAAUAUGUGAAAUAAAAAUGAUGUUCUAAGAUUUCAA